UGCUGCUGAGAUCUCAUUAGCUCAUGAUCUUUAAGAAACAAAAACAUCUUCGGUGCGCUCAAGUUACCUUUCCUCUAUUGCAGCAUCUGCUUAGCUCUUAUUUGGCUUUUGUUGGUAGUAGCUGAUGUCGAGGAGGAGGAACAGAGACAGGUACUUGGUCUGCAGCUAUCGGAAGCUGUGACACAUCCCAGGGGACGUCCGCAAGUGAUGGCCAAGGAGCAGCAAUCACAUUUUGUUUAUGGAUUCAGUUCAAUGUCUCUUUGUGGAUUCGUGAUGUGCUGUGCGUCAUGGGAAGCGUACAGAGGGCUGUGUUCUCAUCUUGCCCCUUCCAAAGGGAUUCAAUUCUGUUGACCGGGAAUUUGGCUAAAACUCCAACCCAGGAGUUGUAAUACAAACACAGGCUGGAAGUGCUCCUGCCAUAAACUGGUUCCCUUUGCAGUUCCUGGUGACCUCUUUUCCAGUAACUUGAACAACUGCUUUGAGCAGGUCAGCUCUGUGACUUGGCCCUAGGGAGGUUUGGACCUGUUCUUUGGCACUUUGCUUUGCCUGGAAACUCCCAUCUUCCAGGGUGGGAUCUUACACUGGAUGAUCCUCCAGAUUGCAGUGGGGACUUGGGCAAUCCCAUCUGGGUAAAUAUAUUGGAAACAAAUGGAUGUCUCUUGGAGGGGAGUGGGAGCAUGUGUCCUGGCCAGUGAGCACACCAAAAUCACCUCUUGUUCGAGCUCACCACCAGUGAAACUACACUUGGGUUAAAGAUGAGAUCUUUCUAAUUACAAGCACUUCCUUGCUUUGGCUCUGGGGCUGUCUGGCUGCCAGCACCUGAGUGUCUGUGUUAGAACACACGUCCCCGUCUUGUGACGCUGCACUGGGACAGGAACACUGGCUAACAGGAACAGCCUGGUAGGGUCCAUCUCGAAUAGACGCGGAUGAUGCCAGAGCUAUGACAGCGAUUGCAGCCUUGGCACUGAGGGGUGAUCAAUUAUGGAACAACUACAGGAGGAAGUACCUGAGGUCAGGGAAGAGGAGGAGGAAGAGGAAGAGGCAGUGAUGGUGGCAGGCGGAGCCUCAGACGCAAGUGGAGGACCAGACAGCUCGCUGCCUUCGAGCAGCUACACAGACCUUUCGCAGAGCUCCUCUCCCUCCCUGUCGGACCAACUGCAGAUGGGCUGCGAGGAGGCGGCGUUGGGAGCGCUCAACGUGGAGUGCAGAGUCUGCGGAGACAGAGCCUCGGGGUUUCACUACGGCGUCCACGCCUGCGAGGGCUGCAAGGGUUUCUUCCGCCGGACGAUCCGCAUGAAACUGGAGUAUGAGAAGUGCAAGAGGAGCUGCAAGAUUCAGAAGAAGAACAGGAACAAGUGCCAGUACUGCCGCUUCCAGAAAUGCCUCUCACUGGGAAUGUCCCAUAAUGCAAUCCGCUUUGGCCGCAUGCCCGAGGCAGAGAAGAGGAAGCUGGUGGCAGGGCUGACAGCGAGUGAGAUCAGCUGCCAGAACCCGCAGGUGGCCGACCUGAAGGCAUUCUCCAAGCACAUCUACAACGCCUACCUGAAGAACUUCAACAUGACCAAAAAGAAGGCGAGAGGUAUCUUGACCGGGAAGGCCAGCAGCACCCCACAGCCUUUUGUGAUCCAUGACAUGGACACCUUGUGGCAGGCAGAAAAGGGGCUGGUGUGGAAGCAGCUAGUGAAUGGCAUCCCCCCCUACAAGGAGAUCGGGGUGCACGUCUUCUACCGCUGCCAGUGCACCACGGUCGAGACUGUGCGGGAGCUCACCGAGUUUGCCAAGAGCAUCCCCAGCUUCAUAGGCCUCUACUUGAACGACCAAGUGACUCUGCUGAAAUACGGGGUGCACGAGGCCAUCUUUGCCAUGCUGGCCUCUAUCAUGAACAAGGAUGGGCUCUUGGUGGCCAAUGGGAAUGGCUUUGUGACCCGUGAGUUCCUGCGUAGCCUGCGCAAGCCCUUCAACGAGAUCAUGGAGCCCAAGUUUGAGUUCGCAGUGAAGUUCAACGCGCUGGAGCUGGAUGACAGUGACCUGUCUCUGUUUGUGGCUGCCAUCAUCCUGUGCGGAGACCGCCCUGGCCUGAUGAACGUGAAGCAAGUGGAGGAGAUCCAGGAUAACAUCCUGCGGGCGCUGGAGUUCCACCUGCAGUCCAACCACCCGGAUGCCCAGUAUCUCUUCCCCAAGCUGCUGCAGAAGAUGGCAGACCUGCGGCAGCUGGUGACAGAGCACGCCCAGCUCGUGCAGAAGAUCAAGAAGACAGAGACUGAGACAUCUCUGCACCCUCUUCUGCAGGAGAUCUACAAGGACAUGUACUAAGGACCUGUUAUUUAUGCAAAUGAAGCCAUGAUUCCCAUCAAGACUCUUUGUACAGAAACAAAGAAAACCUUUCCCCCCACGUCUUCCAUUUCUUCUACUGGAAACUCUUUUCUACGUGACCCUGACGUACGGUACAUAGGGCGAGACGCCAUCAGCCACCGCCUGCUAGGCCCAGGGCUCCCGUUAACACACACUAACAAAUGUACAAAGGCAAAUCAUAAGCUACAGUUUCCGUUACUACAGCCCAGCUCUUCAGCUGCUCCUUGGAGCAACCACGCGGUUUACAUGGUGGGGGUUCCAGCAGUCUGGGGAUGGUGGGAGAUGGUGUGGUCAUUAGGACACCCGAGCGUGGUGCAGGUACCUGCUGGGGCCAGCCACAGCACUGAUGAUGUGUCUUGACCUUUGUAUUGCACUCCGAAGUGGUCCUGAGCCGUGAGGGACAGUGUAAUGAAAGGAUGUUUCUCCCUAUCCCAGAGAAAAGCCAGAGUGUUGAAGGUGGGUGGUGCGGUCCCAGCAGAGACCUUCAACUGCUGCUCCCUCCCCUCGGUGUGUGGCAUGUUCCUGUCUCCCAGAGGGAUUGUGUGAUCUCUGCCUUCCCUUGCUCCCGGUACCACUGUUUCAAAGGGAUCCUGCUGCUCAGCACCUCCAUGUGAGAGACGGAGGGACGAGGAGGUGGGUUUGGCUCAUCAGAACCCACCUUCAGAGCAGAGGAUGGAGUCUUUGUGCUCCCCAGGCUGUCCUGCAGGGAUGUCAGUUACCAGAAAGGCCUGUGCAAGGCCUGGGGCUGGUCAGGGUGAGGUGCAGGGCUUCUGGCUUGUCCUGCAGCCCCUUCGCCAGCCUGGGGGGCUCUGGGGGUUGUGCAGCAGCUCCCUGUCAGUACCUGAGCAAGCAAAGCCUUCAGAAACACCAGCAAGGGGAGAGCCACAGCCAGCCCAAAGUGCUUGUGAUGCUGAAAGGGCAUUGAGCUGUUAACUGUCCUGCCUCAGUUUCCCCUAUGUGAAAGUGAGCUGGAUUAUCUCUUCUCUGCUCGGAGGAGGAGCGCAAGGAUUAGGUGCUGUGUUGGUUGCAAAGAGCUUUGAAGCUCUAAACCAGUAGAAAUGCCAAGGAUUUAUAAAAGGGGAGACCAAGGGUUGCCAACGAUGAACAGGAGCUUCCUGUCCCCCAGCCUCUGGGAGACACAGAGCUCCAGGAAGGGCUCAGUCCCUCUUGGGACCUGCCCACCUGCAGCUUGUGGUCCUGUACGUCCUGAGCAGCCUUAUUGUGAUCCCGAUAUUCCCAAGGAGGGGUUGUGGGAGCAAAUCAGUCGGUUUUACUCUGUUUUCCUCCUGUUCAGGGUAGCAGAUUUCCCUGGUGCAAUAAUUCCUUUAAAACCCCAAGGGAAUUGCUCUGGGUGUCCCCUCCCAGGGCUGGCUGGCCCCAAACCUGCCCCUGCUGCUGCCCCCCAGCUCCUGUCGUGCCUCAGUUUCCCUUUCCCCUCCCUACCUCACAGGGGGGUUAUGAAUGACCGUUUCUAAAGCACUUUGAAGCCCUCUGGGGGAAGGCACUGGAUGGAUCCCAGGGGAUUUGUCCUCCUCAGCGUAGCCGACAUGGGGCUCAUGCUCGUCACCUGGGGAACAUUUGCUCUUCCCUCCUCGCCAGCGUUAACAACCCUCAAACUGAAAUGUAUAUUUUUGCUAGAAGUACCAACCUCCAAGUGUUUUUAAUAAUAUAAAUAGUGUCCACGAACUGACUUGACUUUAAAUAAAUCUGAACUAAGUAUUUAAGAA